AUGGCGAAUGUUAAAAAGAAACAAACUAGGGAAGAGAGGCUAGAAAAAAAACGUCAAACUGAAAAAUUACGCUACCAAAGAAUAAAAAAACGAUCCGAAAAGGGACAAAUUAAGAGCAUAAAUGAUAUGACUGAAAGGGAACAAAGGGCUGUUAGAAAAAUAUGGAGAGAGAAGACUAAAAAGCAUAGAGAUCGCGUAAAGAUACAAUCUACCAGAAACAAUCCACUAACACCACCUGCGUCUGAUAAUGAAGACCAACCUCCACUUCCACAAAACAAUAUCGCUCUGGCUGCUAAAAGGCGAUCAGAAAUUCAGCGGAAACUACGAAAUCAACUUAUAAAAAAACAAAAAUAUGAAAUUAAACAGUUGCGUCAAAAGGUACGCGACUGUCAAAAGAAACUACGGCGCAUCGGAAAACAGAAAAUGACUCCAAACUCAAAAGUGGCCGAUCUUUUACAGAAUAAUAGUAAAGAGAAUAUAGAAGAGGUGAAGAAAAAAUUAUUAUUUAGUGAGGUGAUCCAAAAUCAACUCAAAGAAAAUAUAAAUUUGACAACGAAUGAUAAUGAAAAGAAGAUAUUUAAAAAAGUAUUAAGUGGCAAAGUAGUCAAGAAGUAUAAAGUGUUGAACCAAAUUAAUAUGAAACCUAUAAGACAGUCAUCUACUGCAAAUAAAAGUUUGUUAGAUAUGACACGGAAGACAAGAAACGAUAAAACGAAUUCGAAGUUAGAGAAAAAAGUCGCAGAGUUUUUUGAAGAAGAUUGCAAUAGCAGAUUAUGCCCAGAAGUUCAAUCAUUCCAUUUUGGUGGGUCACGUACGCAAAUAAGUUUGCAUACUGUGGUCUUAUAUACCAAGGGAGAAACAAAAUGUUUCGCCACAAUGUCAGAAAACCUAAACCAUAAUGUACCUGUAAUCUGGGCUCAUCUAAAACCUGUCAUGAAACUCCUUCCGUCCUCGGUAGAAAACGUUCAUUUCUUAAGCGAUGGUCCUGUUACUCAGUACCGUAACAAAGAUAUGUUUUUUUACUUACUUUGUAAAUUGACUGAAACCUAUCCGAAUAUUUAUGAUUUUACCUGGAACUAUCAUGAAGCCGGUCAUGGUAAAGGAGCUCCAGAUGGUAUCGGAGGGACAUGUAAACGAACCGCUGACAAAAUUGUAGCUUUGGGAACUGACAUUGCUACGAUUGACGACUUUGCUACGGAAUUAAAUAAAUCUUGUCCCGGCAUUAAAAUUUUUGUGAUACCCGAAGAAGAAAUUGAUUUUCAAAAGAAGAUAAUGGAAGAUAAUCGACCAAACAUCAAACCUUUUACUGGUACACUAAAAGUACAUCAAGUACGAGGAAACUAUCUCCGCAAUACGUUAUACAUGAAGAGCCUCAGCUGCUUUUGUAGCAAUUUUUGUCCUCACUUUCACUUAGGCGACAUUAAAUACCCCCAAAAUAAAAAAAACAAAUUGGAUGUUGAUGCAGUAUACACCGAUUCUGAGGAAGAUGUGCAAAACAAAAUAGUUGCACAAACAUCUACUCAUGUGAUUAAUACUAUAGACAAUGCAGACACUGCUAUGACUGUCAAGAACGGAGAUUUUGUACUUGUGGAAUAUAAUAUUAAUAAUAAAAAAUAUAGAUAUGCUGGCGUAUGUUCGUCAGAUUUUGAUGAAGAAGAAGGAGAGAUCAGGGUUACUUUUUUAAAGAUCUCCAAUGAAGAUGCUACGUUUUUUAGAAUAAAUGACAAUGACGUGUCUGAUGUUAAAUGGGAACAGAUCUUGACCAUAUUACCAGUGCCAAAUAUACGUAUGAAGGGUAACAGAGUAUUCUACAAGUUUCCAAAGCCAGUUGAUGUGUUUGAAAAGUAA